AUGAGUAUUGUUGGUGUUAGUUUAGCCGACUUUAAUACAAUGAAUACAGAAUCUUCAUCUUCAACGUCUAGCAAUCCAACACCAAAGCAAAAUCAAUUUACUCACGAGUCGGAUAUUUCAUUUACUAAUUCUUCCACUUAUAUGGAACUACCUGCGCUUCAGCUUCACGACAUCAUGUCCUAUCAAGAUCAGCUGGCUGUAAUGGAAAAGGCAAGUGCCUGGCCAGUGAUCAAAUCGGGAUAUAUGCGUAAACGUGUUGUGGAGCAAUCAAGUAGAAGAUCAUCUGUUGAUGCAGUAGAUUCUGUCAAUCUAUCUCAUUCGUCUGGUGAUGCUCAUCCAGUGUCACCUUUAGCUAGACCUGUAUCUGAUCAAUGGCAGCUAUUUUAUGUUCAAGUGCGUGGUGUAUACAUGUUUUUUUACCAGUCGCUCGAUAGUGAGCGAAUUGUCCAAGAAACGGCUGACCAAGAUAUUGUAGCAGCAGGCAAUCAAACCAUGUCGAUUAAUUUCUUUUCUAAAAUAUUCGCUAGCAUUAAACCUCCGAGUAUGUCUUCUACACUGCAGUCAAGUUUCUCACCAGAAAUGGAAAACAACCCGCUCGAUACUGUCAAGCAAUCUACUAACAACGAGCCGUUUUCUCGAGUACUUGUAAACUAUAUUUGUCUAUCAGAGGCUAUUCUUUCUUUUGCUAGUGCGCCUUCUCAAUCUUCAGAUUCGGUUUUUGAUUCAGACAAACACAUUACAGAUUGCAUGCUGCUAGUGCCAAAAACUGAUGAAAAGAUUGGGUUACAUCCAGCUCAAGUUUAUUUAAAUGUUGUUGUUUCUCAGAACAUACUUGAGAGUCAGUGGCAAUUAAGAGACACAAAAUAUCAAUCUCAAACUAUUGAAGAGGUUCAGGAGCAAGUGCGUAUUACUGAACUUUGCGAUUGGACGGCUGCUCUAGGAAUCGUUGGUGCGUGCAUAGACAAAACCGAGUUCCAAAAACUAGGUCGUAACAACACCAUCACGUCAUCCUCCAAACCCUCAGUUUCUGUGGCGAUCAGUAGAAAUAAUACCUUUCCAGCAUCUAAAGCUACAAGCAAAAGCGGAUCUAGCUUGACUCAACGCGCCAUUCAGCAACGUCCAAAGUUUUUAACCUCGUUCAACAAAAAGUUUAGUGCAUCUGCACUCUCGCUCAAAAAUGACACUGAUGCUCUGGUUUUAAAUAGAAACACACCACCAUCGACUCCACCAAGAAUAUCUUCGCCACAAAUUAUUGACUCGACUUUACCUCAUCUCUAUGACGGAGAUGCCAGUCCAUCAUGUGUUCCUAUGUUUUCUAAAUUUGACAACAAAAUAUUUAAAAGUAAAAAAGAAAACUCUGUUAAAACCCCAAAUCUCGAGCCAAUUCCUGACACAGCUCAAGAGCGGAUUCGGCAUUUUCAAAAACUUUUUGAAGAGUACGACGUUCAACCAGUCAUCAAGACGAAUUCAUCUUUAAUAAGCAAUCCCACACACACAUCCAAUCGAUCCAAUUUACCCUUUUCCAUACCUCCCGCACCCAUAUCACCUUCAAGUUCUUCUGAAAGCAGUACAUCUUAUAUUCAGCAGAUCCAAAGUAAACCUCAAAAAAUCCAAACUAAAUCAGAUUCCAAAAUUCAGCUCAAAAAGCACUGGCAACGACUAUGGAGUCGAUCUUUUUUGAACGAUACGUUCAACAUAGAAUUGGCAGCGGAUUAUGCAGACCGCAUUGUACCGACUGAACCGUCAAUUCUAAUCCGAAAAUCCAGCAUACAGUUUGAAAAUGCAUCUACUUUGUCUCCACGCGGGCGAGAGACAUUACAUCUGGUACCACGAGCAUUGCUGAUGUGCAUUACAGCCAUUGAAGAUUUGGGUAUGGACACUGCUGGAAUUUAUCGAAUUUCGGGCGUUACAAGCAACGUAGCCUAUCUCCAGGCACAAUUUAGCCGCGGUCUAAUUACUUCUUUGAUGCUUCCAUUUGAAAAAGUUGCAGAAUCUAGUCAAAAUUUAAAGCAAAAGUAUACCCAGUCGUCUAUCCUUACCAAGUCGUUGACAAAGUACGUAGCUACUGAUAUAAACAAGCUUGUUUUUAACGACGACCAGUCAGCUUUUACAGCCGAGUGCGAUGAAUCAAAGAGCGAGCAAUCUGUGACGGAUAGCAGCGUAUUUGAACAAAAGCAAUACAUUCCUGCAAGUAAUCAACGACAGACUUUGUACAAUACGAUUCUCUACAAUAAUGAUAUACAUGUUAUUACAACAGUUGUCAAGAAUAUUCUUCGAGCAGGACUGGGAAAAUAUUGCGAGCCGGUAUACACUUUUUCUCAUUACAAUCUUUUUUUAAAAGCCAGCCAGAUAGAAGACCCUAUGAUGCGUCUUGUAGCUAUCCAGGAUGUAGUUCACAUGCUGCCAGAUCUUCAUUUUGCUACUUUGGAUCUGGUAUGCAAACAUUUGGCCAACGUUGUAUCUCGAUCCGACUCGACAUGUAUGUCAUCGCGCAAUCUUUCGAUUGUAUUUGGCCCGACUUUAUUCUGCGAGCCAUAUGAUUAUAGAUUUGAUCAUUCACAAAAGAAGCACGCACAAAAGGUGAUGAAAAAUAUGCCUAUACAAUGUGCGAUUGUUCAAAGCUGUAUUGAAUAUGCAGAAUGGAUGUUUGAUCCAAAAGUGUUUCGGCCCAGUGUUGUGAGUGAAAGUAGCUUGGUAGGAGCCAUGAUAUUACCACCGACUAUGAAGGAAGUUUACUUUUAA